CGCCGCUCGGGCUGCGGCUCCUCCUGGGGGCCGGUUCCCGCUGUCUCAGCCGCGGCGCCGAGGGACAUCGGCGUGACUGACUGACCGGCUGCCGGCGCCGGGAGCCGCCGCAUCCAGCCCGGCCCGCCUGGCCGGGGACCCAGGACCGAGUCCGCCCCCCGCGCCCCUCGCCCUCCGCCCCGGCGGGCUCCCGGCCGGCGAGCUGCGCUCCGGCCCUUCCCGGGCGGCGUCGCAGCCAUAGCCCGCGCCCGGAGACAGGCUGAAAACAGUGAAGUCACUUUUCACAGUUAAAAGACUAUUAAGAAGACAAGAUGGGGACUCCUGGUUCUGGAAGGAAAAGAACACCUGUGAAAGACCGAUUUUCUGCAGAAGAUGAAGCUUUGAGUAGCAUUGCCAGAGAGGCAGAGGCAAGACUGGCAGCAAAACGGGCUGCCCGAGCAGAAGCAAGAGAUAUCCGCAUGAGAGAACUGGAACGGCAACAAAAAGAGCACUCUUAUCAUUCCUUUGAUCGGAAAUGGGGACAGAUUCAGAAGUGGCUGGAUGAGUCGGAAAGGGCCAGGUAUUCCCACCGGUCCAGUCAUCAUCGUCCUUCUCUGGGAGUUGAGGAUGCCUUGUCCAUUCGAAGUCUUGGCAGUCACAGGUAUGAUGCUUUCAAGGAUAGAUCGUCAAGACUUUCAUCAUUAAAUCAUUCUUACAGUCACUCUGAUGGAAUGAAGAAGAGAUCUUCUGGUUCUCGUAAAGACCCACUGAGUGGCCUCUACUUUGACCAGAGAAACUAUAGCAGUCUUAGACAUAGCAAACCCACCUCUGCCUACUAUACUAGGCAGUCUUCUUCCCUAUACAGUGACCCUCUGGCAACAUCUAAGAGCUACAGGGCCUCCCCUACUGCAAAUUCUGGUCUUCUGAGAAGUGCCAGUCUGGCGUCAUUGUAUGAUGGUGGAUUAUAUAACCCUUAUGGUUCUCGAACUCCAUCUGAAUACAGUUUUCACUCAUCAAGAACGAGUUCAGCCCGAAGCAGUCCUGUGUUUAUCGACGAUGACACUGCAAGCAUUGCCUCUUCUGGUCGUGCCAGCCAUGGGCGAAGGGAGAGUGUGGUUUCUGCAGCUGAUUAUUUUAGUCGCUCCAAUCGUAGGGGGAGCAUGGUCUCCGACGUGGAUGAUGUCAGCAUCCCAGAUCUGACCAGCUUGGAUGAAAAAUCUGACAAACAAUAUGCUGAAAAUUACACAAGGCCUUCAUCUCGAAAUUCUGCCUCAGCAACAACCCCUCUAAGUGGAAACUCAUCCAGACGAGGAAGCGGGGACACCAGCAGCUUAAUAGAUCCAGACACCUCAUUAAGUGAAUUGCGGGAUAUCUAUGACCUUAAGGACCAGAUACAGGAUGUAGAAGGGAGAUACAUGCAGGGGCUUAAGGAACUAAAGGAGUCUUUGUCUGAAGUGGAAGAAAAAUACAAGAAAGCCAUGGUUUCCAAUGCACAGUUAGACAAUGAGAAGAACAAUUUGAUAUACCAAGUAGAUACCCUCAAGGAUGUUAUUGAAGAGCAGGAGGAACAGAUGGCAGAAUUUUAUAGAGAAAAUGAAGAAAAAUCAAAGGAGUUAGAAAGGCAGAAACAUACGUGUAGUGUGCUACAGCAUAAGAUGGAUGAACUUAAAGAAGGCCUCCGACAAAGAGAUGAGCUUAUUGAGGAGAAUCAGCGUAUGCAGCAGAGAAUAGACACCAUGACAAAAGAGGUGUUUGAACUCCAGGAGACACUGCUUUGGAAAGAUAAAAACAUUAGGGCCCUAGAGAAACAGAAAGAAUACAUUGGCUGCCUUAGGAGUGAGCGGGACUCGCUCAGAGAGGAGCUGGCCGAGCUGAAGGCAGCAGUGGAGACGGGAGAGAAACAUGGCUUAGUCAUCAUCCCCGACGGCACUCCCAACGGCGACGUCCAUCAGGAGCCAGUGGUCGGAGCCAUCACUGUUGUGUCUCAGGAAGCCGCUCAGGUCUUGGAGUCGGCAGGAGAAGGGCCACUGGAUGUAAGGCUACGAAAACUUGCUGGAGAAAAGGAAGAGCUACUAUCACAGGUUAGAAAACUGAAGCUGCAGUUGGAGGAGGAACGGCAGAAGUGCUCCAGGAGUGAUGGCACAGCAGGUGACCUGGCGGGACUGCAGAAUGGCUCGGACCUGCAGCUCAUCGAAAUGCAGAGAGAUGCCAACAGACAAAUUAGUGAAUACAAGUUUAAGCUUUCAAAAGCAGAACAGGAUAUAACCACCUUGGAGCAAAGUAUCAGCCGCCUGGAGGGGCAGGUGCUGAGAUAUAAAACCGCUGCUGAGAAUGCGGAGAAAGUCGAGGAUGAACUGAAAGCAGAAAAGAGGAAGCUACAACGAGAGUUACGAACAGCACUGGACAAGAUCGAGGAGAUGGAGAUGACCAACAGCCACCUGGCCAAGCGGCUGGAGAAGAUGAAGGCCAACAGGACAGCACUGCUGGCCCAGCAAUAGGGAGGCUGCCCUGCCACCCGGGCCCCGCCCGGAAGGACUGAUCUUUCGUCCACUCAAACCCCUUUCAGGACUGUUUGAGCUUUGUCAUUAAAAUAGCCACCUUUGUAUUUUAUAAUUUAUGAGAGAAUGAAACAGGUUUGAAUCUUCAUGAAUGAACACUUUGGAUUUUGUUGGUAGUUUGAUUCUAGACUAAGAACUGGUCCAUGCCGUUAUUAUUUUUUAUUUCCAUAAUUUUAGAAUCAAGUUUACUCACCAUUUUUCCCCAGCUGCCUCAGUGACUGGGCACUCGGAGGCUUUGGCACGGGCUCUGGAGGACAGCGAUUCAGCGCUCACCGAGGUACUUCCUGGAGACCUCAGAAAACACAAGUGCCUUCUCCACAGUGCAAUUCAGACGUCAGUGAUCUCCAGUGGUCAAAAGACAUUUACCCUUAAUAUCAGGUAGCAUUUAUAUUUUAGUGAAGAAACAAGUUCACAGGUGGGGAAUAUAUGUUUCACUCAAAUUUAUAUGUUUGGAGGAAAAAGCCUUUUUUUGUAAGAUAUUUAAAUUUAUAUAAGAAACUGUUAGAAAAAGAUACGGGGAGUGUAUAUAAAACUUGCUUUAUUGCAUGGGGCAGGGGAAGUCCAAGGCCUGUACUCUUAAAGUAAGAGUAGGGUCCUUAGUCUUCACAUCAACUGUGCUGUAUCUUGUAAAGUAUUUCAUCUGCUGCUCAUCUGUGGAAUGAAACCUCAGACCAGCCCGAUGAGGGAGGGAGGGCAGGCCAGGCCAGGCCAGGCAGGUGGGAAGUCGGCCUGAAGAUUCUAUUAAAUACACCCUUUUGCUGACUACAGUUGGCUACUGACACAUUCAUUUUCUUAGAGGAGCCUUUAAAACUAGUCAUUGGCAAUCAUGCCCUCCUAGCUUGCCCCUCUUUUCUCUCCUUAAAAUAAUCUUAAAGAAAAAUAAUCUGGAAUAUAGAAUUUCUUUUAAGAACUUCAGUUUCAUCUUUAAAGGCACCCAGUUUAAGAGGAUUUUAUCAUCGAGUCGUAGCCAUGUUACAGUAUGUGAUUCUCUUUUGCUCUCAGAAUUGAGGUGGUUUUAUGGAAAUGAUUAUUGUAUCUUCAAUGUGUUUACACGGAAAAAAUAUGGGGGAAAGUCUAAUGAAUUAAGGCCACAUAAACAGAUAAAAUUAGACUUGAAACUAGGUAAUAAAGUUAACUUAAAUAUGAAUAAAAUCUCUAAUAAUUAUUCCCUUCUUUAGAAUAAUUAGCUCUUUGUGUUUAAAACAUGGAAACCAGGGGCUUCCCUGGUGGCGCAGUGGUUAAGAAUCCGCCUGCCAAUGCAGGGGACGUGGGUUCGAGCCCUGGGGUCCGGGAAGAUCCCACAUACCGCAGAGCACCUAAGCCCGUGCGCCAGAACUACUGAGCCUGUGCUCUAGAGCCCGCGUGCCACAACUACUGAAGCCCACGCACCUAGAGCCCAUGCUCUGCAACGAGAGAAGCCACUGCAAGGAGAAGCCCACGCACCUCAACGAAGAGUAGCCCCCGCUCGCUGCAACUAGCGAAACCCACACGCAGCAACGAAGACCCAACACAGCCAAAAAUAAAUAAAUAAAAUAAAUGUUUAUUUUAAAAAAUAAAAUAAUUCAGGAAAUUGGUUUCCAUA